CUCAGACUCAGACGUCAUCACAUCAAAGCUGACAGCUCCUCUCUCUGAUCCCAGCUUCAGGAUCUUCACCUGUCCACGCCUCCAUCAGACAUGGCAUCUGUUGGCUCGCUGCUGCUGCUGCUGCUGAUGUCCUACAUCCUCAUCUCCACUGUGACCAUUUCCACAUCUGCCAACCAGCGCGAGCGUGAGAAUGCCUCUCUGGAUAAACUAAAAGAACACAAAGAAAAACUUGCAAGUGCACAAAAGAAUGGUUUAAAAACAGCUGCCGACACCAAAAACUUUGGUGUACUUUGUCUAGCAAUACUCAAAGACACUGCGAAACUGAUGGAAAGUUUGUCAGACAAGAAGUCUGAUAUUUUUAAUCUUGCUCAGUCUAUCGGUAAUGUUGUGCCACUGGUAGGUUCUAUUUUUUCCUUAAUAAUGACAUUAGUGAUAGUAAUAGACAAAUAUGUUAAUGACAGGUCAUUACUGAAAGAUAUCAAGGAAGAAUUUGACAGACUCGAUGCUAAGCUUGACGAGUAUCAUAAGCUACAGAAGUGGAACAUCUGGGCAGCUGGUGUUUACCACAAGCCAGAGCUGGACAUCAGGACUGCCUGGACUAAAUACAAAACACUGCUGGGCAGUCUCGCUGAGGCAAAAAAUGAUGAUGAAAGGAAAAGACAUAAAAAAAGCUUUAUAAAAUCCUACCGACAACAUGAGAAGGCUCCUCGGGAAAUGGGAGAGUUACUGAAAAAAACAGGGAAGAGCUUCAUAAGCAAUCUCGGGGACGAACUGGCCGAACAUGUUAAAUGUCACGAGAAGGAAAUCUUAGAAUAUACGUUUCUCAUUCUUACACUUAUCAUCAAGGGCAACGUGAUGAAUCAAUACUACUACAGACUGGAGAACACAAUGUCUAAAGCAAAAGAUGAGGAGAUGAUGAAGAAUGUGUAUGAAGCAAUGACAGCAAUGUUUGACAUCCAAAAACGAUGCAUUGCCAACAGCAUGACUUAUGUAUUACAGGACGUGAAACCAUUUAUUGAAAAAUCUAAAAAACGUGAUGACUUAGCAAAGGAAGUCUGGUCUUUUCUGCAGAUGGCAUAUGACAGGUAUGACUGGAUGGUUGUUGCAUUCAUAACCCUAAAAUCCAGCCAUAAAAUAUUGAAAACUGAGAACAAACACGUGCUGACAGGAUUUCAUGAUGUGUCAACACAGCGCAUUACUGUGUCUGUAGCCAGACAGGUGAAAGGGACUCACAGCAAAGUAAAGAAAGUCAUAAAAGCCAUCGAGAAGUGCAUUACUAAGAAAGUUCUGUGUUAUAAGGUGGCAGACACACUCAGUAAAUGUGGGGAGGAGGUGGCUGGAAUUCCAGUGUCUAAGACUUACACAGCAGUGCACGCCUAUACUAGAAGAGCUCACCAAAGCAUCAAGGCAAAGGAAGCUAACCCUAAAGCUAGAGGUGAAGCUAGAGCUAAAGGUGAAGCUACAAACGAAGAUGACGUCAGUGCUUCUCCUGAAAACCCUUCAGCUCAGACUCCUUACAUUUACACAGGGGAGUGUCAGAAAUCUCCAGGUGUGAAACACAGAAAGUUUGUGGUUCUGAUUAAAAGUGAUGAAGAAAUGUUGGGAAAAGAUCCGUGUGCCAAGCUGGACUGUAAAAACGGAGGCAAGUGUGUUCCAAUAGAAGACAUGUUCCUCGCAAUGUGUCAGUGUAAUUAUCCAUACUAUGGGCUGCACUGUGAGAGUGAUAUAAAUGAUUAUAGGAUAGAAUUAAAGAGAGAAGCAGUGACAGACAGAAAAGAACCAACGGUGAAAGACUCAAAGAGGCGAAACAGCAACUGAAGCAGCAGAAACAGACUUCAUGAAGUGACGUGAGCUUCUUCUCUAAAAUGACUGAAACAUUCGGCAAAUCCUCUUUUUCUUCAGACUCAAAGUAUCUACGAAACCUAAAGCACGUUUUAAAUGAUCGUCUCCAUAUGUCAGUGAUGUGCUCACCAUCACUGAGACUAAAGCUGGUUAUAGAAAAGCACCAGAGUGGGCUCUGAUUGGUUUGAACCUCCUCUGAACAACCAAAGCCAGUGUCCGAGCUCACGUUCACUUCAUGAGAUUUUCUGCUGUUGGUGUUUCUGAGAGCAGCAGCUGAUGAUGUGUGAACCUCUGAAUAACAGUGAAACAUCUGUGUGUUAAACUCACAUGAAUGAAAUGGAGAUAAAGUUUGUGUUCAUGUGCCAAACUGAAAGACUGAAGAUCAUAAAUCUUGAAUGAAUCAAACAUCCUCGGCCUGCAUCUCUUACAGCAACAGGAAGCUGAGUUUAAGGAGCUCAGUGAGGAUCAGUGCAAAGAGCUGAGCACACAGCCUCUGCGUGGAAACACCUCCAAUAACAAGCACGAUUCACUCCCUGAUGACCUGCUCAGCACACACAGCGUGAUCUCGUCUGCAUACAGCUGCACCUGGAAACCAACCAGGAAUAACUCUGCUUCACACAUCAUCAGUUGCUAGGUAGAUCUGAGCUGAAACGCAACCCGCUAAGAGAAGAGAGCCUCUUUCCACAGACAGGAGGGAUUAUAUUUAUUUAAAAAUGUCGAUUAAAAACAAAGACAAUGACCCUCAAACAGAAACAACUGAAAUAAUGCGACAAUGAUUUUGAGUAAAGUCAGAUAUGAUCUGUGCUCAUUAAGAUGUUCUCCCCUUCACUGGGUCACAUGACCACCUGCUGUCUGUCCGUGUGAUCUGAUUGGAAAGAGUUGAAACCAAUGAAAUGCUUCUGCUGUAAGCUUCUGCCCUGAAUAAAGCUUCUGAUUCGCUGUCA